AUGUGGCCGAGGCGAGACAUUCUUCACAAUGGAUCUCACAGUCUCGAGGCCUCUCCUACCGACCCGAACGACCGAAACGGGCCCAAUGAAGACGGCCAACAACCCGAGAGUCCAAAGGAAGGACAGCUCGCCAACUCACCAUCAACCCGCGUUCAUCUAUCCACAGCCAUCCCGAAGUUGAAGAUGCCGGCCCGCGGGGAGGACGAAGUCGAAGAAGUCAAAUACGCACUCGGAGUCGUCGACGAGGGCCCUUACGUCGUCUGCGAAAAGAUCGGCAACUGCUCCGGCCAUUACGUGGUGCGCGAGGGAUAUCGCAAACGCCAAACACCGAAUACGGGUGCCGAUUACUGGCGUGUCGAUGACCACGACUUGGCGUUCAUCACGUUCGUGGGCCUCGGUGACGGGCAGAAGCGCGCGCUGGAGCGUUUGGGCAGGGCGGAGGCUGCGUUGUCUGACGAGGCUUGUUUUGCCCAUGUCCUCCGCUACAAAGAUUAUCUCGGCAGCGAAAACCACAGCGAUGCCGCCAACCACAACAAGGCCCGCACCGCCCACGCCGACUUGUUCAACUCCCUGGUCACGGAGCACACCGACUGGAAGGGAAUCGACCCCCGCGCCGCCGCCAUGUCGGACAGGGAGAUCCUCGACGUCGCGUGGGACAUGCUCCAGGCGCUGGCGUAUCUCCACGGACGGGGCGUCGUCCACGGCAGCGUCGAGCCGCGACACAUCCUCCACCUCCGGGGGGGCUGUCCUCCCGGCCCGGAGCGGAGGGAGACCUACAAGCUCAUCGGUCACGGGCUCGUGCCGCACGUGUUGAGGGACUGGUCGUUUCCGGAGCCGCUGUACGUCGCGCCCGAGUUCCACCGGCGCAGGGAGGGCGGUAACAGGGGCAGGGGGGAGUACAAGCCGACGAUGGCGAGCGACGUGUGGAUGUUGGGGUUGGUCCUGUUCGAGUUACACGAGUUCGGCCGCGGGGACCGGCUGCAGAGGUCCAGGUCUGGAGUGUUGAAGGGGCACGAUGCGGCGAGCAGGCUUGGAGGGUUGAAGAGGUCGAGACGGUGUGACGCUGGCCACAGUUCUCGCUUCCACAAGGUCCUGGAGGACCUGUUGGAGAGGAUGUUGCAGAACGGUCCGGGGAGCAGGUACACCGCGAUGAACGCCUUGUUGUGGCUCGCCGAGGAGAGGAUAAUGCUUUACGAGGCUGGCGAUGUCAGGGAUCAGGUGCAGCCGGUGAAGGACGCGAUUAAGAGGGCCAAGUAUGAGAUGAGGAUGCGGACGGUCCGCGGACGGGCUUGGGUUGGUUUGAAGAGCUUUGUCGUUUCUCUGUUUUUGGUACAAAUGGUCGCGUUGGGAAUGGGGGUUUUCUAA